GCUAGCCCGAUAGCCCAACUCAGUCUCAUCCACAAACAGACUCAACCUUCGUACUCUCGAAUCAAGGACAAUCAAAACCGAAAAGUAGAACGACUUCAAGAUGGGUGGCGGUGACUUGAACAUGAAAAAGUCCUGGCAUCCGCUCUUGAUGAAAAAUCAGGAGCGGGUCUGGAAGGAGGAGCGUAAAGCACUCGAAGAACGUAAGAAAACCGCUCAACUACAGAAAGAGUUGGCCGAAGAGCGCCAGCUUCAAGAACUUCAACGGAUCCAGGCCGAGCAAGGGGGUGGUCGAAGAGAAGAGCGUGUCGAUUGGCUCUAUGCUACCCCUGCCAUUGGAAAUGGGAUCAAUGCCGAAGAGCAAGAAGCUUACCUCCUCGGGAAGAAGACCGUCGAUAAACUGUUCAAAGAAAAGGACGAAGCAGCUGCCAAGUUACAAGCGAGAGCUGCGAGCCAAUCUGAUGCCGAUAAAGCUGGCGGUGGCUUCAUUUCGCUACAGAAUGCCAACACGGCACGAGACACGGCCUCAAAGAUUCGAGAAGAUCCACUCCUUGCGAUUAAACAACAAGAACAACUAGCGUACGAAAAUCUGAAGAAGAACCCAGCAAGAGUGAAGGCAUUACAAUCUAGUCUCACCACUAAGGAACAGUCAAGAAAGGAAAAGGAGGAGAGAAAACAGCUCAAAAGAGACCUCAAAGAGGCCCGCAAGAGGCGUCAUGAUCCAGCUGAAGAUGCUCGCGGUAGGUCUUUGGAGGGCAGAAAUGAAUCAAAACGUGCGAGAGGUGGAAAACAUCACUCAAGGGAAUCAGACCAAUCAGUCAGUCCGGAUGGUCAUUCCAGAUCUUACCGCAGAGGAUCCCCAGACCGCCGACAUUCCCCGGAUCGUCGUCCUCACCGCCGUCACAGCCCUCCUUCCCCUGAUGACCGUCGUCGAUCUGACAGUCCUGAUAGGACUUCUAGACCUUCUCGCCGAACAUCCGAUCAUCCCAGCGGCCAUCAUCAUCGGACCUCUACAUCCCCUGAUCACCGGCAUCGCGGCUCCCGUCACACCGGGCGAUCGCGAUCUCGUUCUCCUUCACGGACCAGCCGGAACCAGUCAUCAAAGCAUACAACUGAUCGAGAGCCUCCCCAUGCCCAUCAUUCAUCAAAUGACAGGAACUAUCACAAGGCCCCAUUACCCGGUCGUUCGCACCAUGACUCGUCCAGUCGGCACUAUCCAGAUUCAGGAAGACCAAGAAAUCCUUCAAGCUCUUUUCAACGAUCCAACCAGGGCCCAUCGUACCCACCAACAUCAUCAACACCAGCGGAUAGGACCGCCGAGCCAGCGAAAAGUACUCAAAAGCUUUCGGAGGCCAAGGCGGCCAAGUUGGCAGAGAUGCAAGCGGCUGCGAAAUCGCUGCAAGAGUCGCGCUCCCAACGGCUCCAGAAGCUCGAGGCAGAAGACUCCGAACGGAUGAAGAUCGAGGAAGCCGAGCGCGAAAGGAAUCGAAUCAAAUCCGGCGGGGUCGGGGACGGCAAUAAGGCCAAGUUCGUCAUGGAACAGGAAAAGAAGGUCUUCUUCGGCCAGAUGGGGUUGGCUGAAAGAGUCAAAAGAAGUGGGGGAGUCGGCUUGCUAAAAGAUAAGGAAUGAAACUAUUUCUCUUCCCUCAUUGAUUUCUCUCAUAUUGUAAUGCACAUGUUAUCAUCAUGUAUCUAUCAUCUGGGUUGUGGCCUCUCUCUCAGCAAACAGGAGUUAUUACGGCUCAGCCAAUUUUGCCGGCUCCGACUAAAAAAAACAGUAGCGAGAGUCAGUUUCGAUCCGACGACCUCUGGGUGACUUUGAGUUGGUGAAACACCAUCCUGUAUGAGCCCAGCGCGCUACCAGCUGCGCCAUCUCGCUCCGAUCUAUUAUUCGAUUUAUUUAUGCAAUGAAUCAGCUUCUCUGG